AUUUGUAACCAUCGAGGAAAAAUGUAGCGAAAGUAUUGGUGUCCCCCAAAUGAUAUCUGUAUUAACGGCAGCUGAACUUAUGCAACUGCCAUUGCCAGAGCGCUCGCGCCGGCAAGCCAGCAUCAGUGUUUCGGUAACCGACCAACUCUCCGCUCAACUGCACCCGGUCUUAUCACAACAUUAGGGCAAUUUUUAACGACAGGAAUUUAUUUUUAUAAUAAAUGGCCAGUGUUUCGAUGUGUAGGUUUUGAUUUUUUUGGCGGUUGGAUUUAAAAGUGGAACAAUGUAUUUAGGAAAAGUUUUGGUUUUAGUGUUUUCUGCUGGGAUUUUGUGUCCAGCGACUGAAGCCCAGUCGGUAGUAUGCCCCGCCGUACGCACAACCAGUGGUUGGCUGGACCUGUUCCCGCUGCCCUGCCGUAAGUCCUCAGAAUGCAGGACCGUCAUGGGGCCCUCACACGUCUGCUGUAAGGGCUACUGCACAAAGGGCGUCGCGGCGCAGAUCCGAAACGUGACUAACCAGUCCAGCACAAGCACAUCCAGUACAAGCACUAGCACAUCAACCACCAGCACAUCAACAACAACCACUACAACAACUCCAAGUACCACCAGCUCGACGACGACGACGACGACGACGACAACGCCCAAGCCGACGACGACGCCCAAACCGACGACAAUAGAAGCACUGCGGCCCUUCUUCACGCUGCUGCCGAUCGUCCCCGCGCCGUCUACAGCCAAGCCCAACAAAGCUGCGGUGAAGAAAGGCAAGCAACAGCAGAAGUUAGUGUGCCCUAAGUCAGGGCAGUCGGCGUUCGUGUUAUUCCCUGUGCCGUGCGAGAACAGUGCGCAGUGCCGCAAGAGCAGCGGGCCCGACCAAGUGUGCUGCGAGUCGCGCUGUGUCAAGGGAGUCCCGGCGCCACGCUCCGAGCCUAUCCAGCAAGCUUCGCAUCAACCACUUCUCGGCGUGAUACCGCGAGAGUGCCCCUCACAGCCGCUGGGAGAGCUCCUGUUCGAGGUGCAGUCUUGUAAGACUGAUGCCGACUGCUGGCCGAGGGUGUGCUGUCCUGACGGGAAGAGAUCCUACUGUCGGACGGCGAAGGCCAGGCUAGACUUAGUGCCGGUGGUCGGCAAUCAAAUCAAUCAACCUGUACGUGCUCUGGAGCCAUACCUGCAGUGCACGGCGCCGCCCAAGCCCGACCUGUUCCCGAAGCAGUGCCAAUCCAGCGUAGACUGCUUCCCUAACCUGUGCUGUGCGGAGGGAGGCAAGAAACACUGUCGGCCGCCAAAGAGGAGUCUGCUAGCAUUGUUAGCAGGCAUGGGACAGAGUAUUGGCACCACCCUAGUGAACCUGCGGCAAGCACAAGCAAAUAGAAAUAAUAAUAAAAUAUAAAAAAUAGGAAUUAAGUGAC